AUGACCGACUACAAGUUCGAGGGCUGGCUGGGCCGCACUCCCGAGGCCAUCAACGGCAAGAUGGAAUGGGCCGAGUACGAGCCCAAGAAGUGGACCGAAGAUGACGUCGACAUCCAGGUCACUCACUGCGGUAUCUGCGGUUCUGAUCUGCACACCCUUCGCUCCGGCUGGGGCGCCACUCCCUAUCCUUGCUGUGUCGGCCACGAGAUCGUCGGCAAGGCCGUACGUGUCGGAAAGAACAUCUCUCACAUCAAGGUCGGCGACCGCGUCGGCGUCGGCGCGCAGGGCCGCUCCUGCAUGAAGUCAGACUGCCCCGAGUGCGGCAUCGGCAAGUGGAACUACUGCUCGCGCGGCGCCGUCAACACCUACGGCUCCGUGUACCCCGACGGCGAGGGCAAGUCCUACGGCGGAUACGCCGACUACAACAGGACCAACGGCCACUUCCAAAACGGCUGCGGUCCCGGCAAGAACGUCGGCAUCGUCGGCGUAGGUGGUCUCGGCCACUUUGGCGUGCUCUUCGCCAAGGCCCUCGGCGCCGACAAGGUCGUCGGCAUCUCGCGCCGCGCCUCGAAGAAGGACGAGGUCCUCCAGCUCGGUGCCGACGCCUACAUCGCCACCGCCGACGACAAGGACUGGGCCAAGACCAACAAGCGCACCCUCGACCUCAUCAUCUGCACCGUCUCCAGCGGCGACAUGCCCCUCCAGGACUACCUCAAGCUCCUCAGGGUCGGCGGCACUUUUAUCCAGGUCGGCGGUAGCCUCAUCGGCUCGCCCCAAGAGAUCCAGGAGAUGCUCGACUUCGCCGCCGAGAAGCAGGUCAAGCCCUGGGUUGAGCUCAGGCCGCUCAAGGAGGCUAACCAGGCCGUCAUCGAUAUGGAGGCUGGUAAGGCGAGGUACAGGUACGUGCUCGUGAACGAGAAGCACGCGAGCAAGUCGAACCUGUAA